AUGCCUUGUAAUCCACUUUUCGGUAAAAAUAAACCUCUACACCGUAAAUUAGUGGUAUUGGGUGACGGUGCUUGUGGUAAAACUUCUCUUUUAAAUGUAUUUACAAGAGGUUAUUUUCCACAGAUAUAUGAACCAACAGUAUUCGAAAAUUAUGUACAUGAUAUAUGGAUAGACAACCAGCAAAUUGAAUUGUCCCUUUGGGAUACAGCCGGACAAGAAGAGUUUGACCGUCUACGUUCUUUAUCAUAUGCUGAUACACAUGUUGUCAUGUUGUGUUUUGCAGUAGAUAACCGAGACUCACUUGAGAAUAUUGAAUCAAAAUGGAUUGCAGAAAUUUCUGAACAUUGUCAAGGUGUCAAAAUUGUCUUGGUUGCCUUAAAAUGUGAUUUAAGGGAGGAUAUUAAUGUCGUAAGAAAUAUGCAACGAUAUGGAGAGAGACCGGUUUCUUAUGAAGAGGGGCUAGCCGUGGCUCAAAAUAUAAAUGCUUCCAGAUAUUUGGAAUGUUCUGCAAAACAUAAUAGAGGUGUGCGAGAGGCUUUUGAACAAUCUGCUCGUGUGAGCAUUCACGCAAGACCCAAAGGCGCGCCACAUGAUUCAAACAAUGUGAGAUGCAUAAUACUUUAA